AAAAAACUGAAAUUUGAAAAGUUCGAAACUUAUAUAUCAGUACAAAUACGAAAAAGUACAAAUAGAAUCUGAGUAGUUUACUGAGUUUUUAAAACUAAUUUACUUUUUAAACUUGAAAGAAAACCGGAAAGAUUGUCAUGGAGAAAUAAAGAACGUACCGUAGCGACAUCUAGUUUGAUGUCGGGAACUUUUUUUUUUUAAAUAAAAAAAAUGAAUAAAUGUUCUGUACUCUAUGGUUUGUUCCUCAGGGUUGUUCUUAUCACCGGAGGUUGAAGCCAGUGACAUUAUUAAAAAAGAAAAGGAAAAUAACAAAAAUGGCUGAGGAACAGGAGGUCAUUCAGAUAGAGGUGUUGUGUAAGCAGCUGUACGAGUCCCAAGAUCCAAUAGUCCGGGAUCAGGCUGAGAAGGCAGUGGUAGCUUUCCAGGAGUCACCAGAUACAUUGAGCAAAUGCCAGGCGUUACUGGAAAGGUCCGAUUCGAGUUACUCACAGCUGCUCGCUGCCACAACACUAGCCAAGCUCAUCAACAGAUCUACAACCAGUCUGUCGACGCAGCAGAGGCUGGAUAUAAAGAAUUAUGUGCUCAAUUACCUUGCAACAAGGCCGAAACUCGCCAAUUUCGUUAUACAGGCCCUAGUGUCGCUAUUCGCUCGCAUCACAAAGUUGAGUUGGUUCGAUAUACUGAAGGAGGAGUUCGUGUUCCAUAAUGUUAUGAACGACGUCGGCACAUUCCUACAGGGUCCAGCGGAGAUGUGUACAGUCGGAAUACAGCUCCUAUCACAGCUUGUCGUAGAAAUGAAUCAAGUGACAGAAGCAGAUGCCAACAGAUCCCUGGCUAAACACAGGAAGAUAGCUUCAUCCUUUAGGGACACGCAGCUAUUCGAGAUGUUCCGUCUCGCUUGCUCUUUACUCGACGCCGCUCGCGUUAAGCCGCUGGAUCUGAACGAUGAGAGGCAACACGCUCUGAUAGCUGCUCUACUGCGGUUGGCGCACAACUGUCUCACGUUCGACUUCAUCGGCACGACCAGCGACGAGUCCUCCGACGACUUGUGCACCGUACAAGUGAGUACAAACAAUGAUGAACUGUGCUCACACACAAAUGGAAAGUUUACAGGAAAUUUCUUGAUUCUAGUAGGCGAACGCGGUGUAAAUCUCUGUUAUCUCUAAAAUGUCUGUACAAACAAUGAUGCUCAUACACAAAUGGAAAGUUUACAGGAAAUUUCUAGAUUCUAGUGGGCGAACGCGGUGUUAUCGCUAAAAUCUCUUUGAUGUGGUAAUGUGUUAGCAUUAACUAAAGAAUUAUAAAAUAACUAGCUUUUGCCCGCGACUUCGUUCGCGUGGUAAAGUAACUU